CCACCAUUUCAUCAUCUCUCUCACAAACACCUUAUCAGUCUCUGUAGCUUUCCUUUGAGCUAGAAAAGCUCAGAAAAAGAUGGGUUUUGCUACUAGAGGGAUUCUGCUGGUGCAGCUCUCAGUGCUCCUACUGAGCUUCUUCAGUGUGUUUGGUGAUGAGUUUAGGCCCCCUAGUCACCCUCCAGUUCACCCCCCGGUUCACCCUCCUAGUCACCCCCCCGUUCACCCUCCGCACCACGGCGGCCACCACCACAAACACGGUCACCCUCCUAGCCACCCACCGGUUCACCCACCUAGCCACCCACCUGCUUACCCUCCCAGCCAUCCACCGGCUCACCCUCCUCACCCCCACCACUACGGCCUCCCUCCCAUUCACCCACCAGUUAAGGCCCCAGCGCACCCACCGGUUAAACCCCCAACGCACCCACCGGCUCACCCCCCAGUCCACACUCCGAGGUACCCACCUGUUCACCCUUUCCCGAGGAGCUUUGUAGCGGUCGAAGGCGUUGUUUAUUGCAAGUCCUGCAAGUACGCUGGGUUUGACACCCUCUUGGGAGCCUCACCAGUUUCUGGUGCCACUGUAAAGCUACAGUGCAAUAACACCAAGUACCCGGCUGUCGAAACAGCAAAGACCGACAAGAACGGCUACUUCUUCAUCACGGCACCGAAGACCGUCACCUCCUACGCGUCCCACAAGUGCAAGGUGUUCUUGAUCUCGUCGCCGGUGGCCACAUGCAGCAAGCCGUCUAACUUCAACGAUGGUCUCAAGGGUUCCCUCCUCAGGCCAGAGAAGCCAUAUGUGGCUAACAAGCUUCCAUUUGUUCUCUACACCGUUGGACCUUUCGCUUUCGACCCCACAUGCCCACGUUAAUUAAAUGUUUUCCGCCUUGUAUUAAUUUAAAUUGCCUUUUUGUAUUUCUAGUUUCCGAGUUGAAACGUCCCAUGAUUUUUAAUUGUUGUAAUGCCAGUUUUUGAUUUGGUUCAUCGUGUGUUGCCUCUAGUGAUAUAUAUGGAGUACAUUAAUAAAAUUUAUUUUUGGCUAUUUCAAUAA